AUGCCGCCGCAGUCGAUGUACCCGCCUAACGGGACGAGCCUCAAUGGGCAGAUUCCAGGCCUGACAUUUAACAGCAUGCCACAAGCAUCUCAAACAUUUCCACCGCAAAAUCCAGUGACAUCCUACUUUCCUCCGCCCAGACUAGGAGAGAACUCUGCUUUGCCUGGUAAUUUCCAAAUGUACUCAGCGUCUAUGAAUCAGCUCCAAAAUAAAGGAGUAAUUCCCCAGCCCGCCCCCUCGAAGCUGGCAGAUGACCAGGAAAUAGCCACUGAUAUAGCUGAUGUGGAUGUAUAUGAUGCAAUGGAUAUCGAUAGCCGUGAGGAAGGUGAGCUGAGUAGUGGGGAAACAGAGCCCGCAAUAAUCAAUGCUCAAUCAGCGCCAAACCUAGCCCCAUUAGAAGCCUUGGGAGCACAAAAUCAAACAUUGUCAGCCAAUGCUGAUAAUUCCACGACAAUCCAUAUCGCUUCUGACACUCCCGCCACAAGGCAACCAGUUUCUGAGGACAAGAAUAUUUCAGAGUCUCAUGUGCCAAAUGCAAAAUCAUUAAACCAGAUGCGUGUUCAGGCACAAGGAGCCUUGUUGAAUCUUGCACCUCACAACAUCCGGUACAAAGAAUUGGUUAAUGAAGGUGUGGACCCAAUAAUCUUGAAGAGCCUUUAUGAAGGAAUUGGCUUGAAAGUUUCGACUGAAGAAUUCACUCGGAAAAAUUCUCACAAUGAACGCGUUGGCAGUGACGUGAGUCUUGUCAAUGAAGACAGCCGAAAGAAGUCGGGUUUACUGUCUACUCCAAUUGGCAUUGGUCAUUCAACGAUGCUACUAGCAAAGGGUGAGAAAAAUUCAGCACAUCCAGCAACAUCCAGCAUCACUGCCGGCAAGCCAUUAGAGCGUAAGGAUUUGAUUGCUAGAAUGCUAGCUGCUAAAGCUGGAAAAUCGGUUACUACUCAGAACCUACAGCAAGACACAACAUCCUUUGAUUCCGCGAAAGAAAAUAUACCUCCACCGGAGGCUGCAUCCAAUAUUGUGGAUAGUUGUCAGCCGUUAUCGGAAGAAGCUAGGUCGAAAGAGAAGAAUAAAGCCCAAACAGAGCUAGCACGACAACGUAUAGAACAGCUCAAGAAAAACGGCUUAUUGAAAUCCCAGUCACAGUCCGCCAGUGCCUCUGUUUCGGGGUCACCAUCGGGCCCCUCGUCAACUACUACCAGUAACAUACCCGAACCAAUGCCUUCGCCACAGGACGUACGGCCCUUGCAGCCUUUACCCAUGAAACACCCGUUACCAGAGAAGCCACCAGAUCCAGCAGUGACGGAACCUACCUCAACGAGGAUUCCGGGUUUAUUCAUGACAAAUGUAGAAUCGGCGGAUCAAAAAACGUCACAAAGCCAAAAUGACCGCUCUGUUUCAACACUUGAGGUUUCUUCGUCCAUUGUGCGACUGCCCCGCAAGAGGCCCCGGGCAUCUGACUUUACUGACGAUGUCGUUGAAGAGCCGCCCCAAAAGCAGAUAGAACAAGAUCAUCGAAAUUCAGGCUCUGGGCACAAAGUUAUUAUUGACAUUAGUGACGAAGAAUCCAUAUAUGGUCCAGAUGCCGAAGAAUCCUCCUCCAGCCAUAAUACUAGUAUGGGUAUGUCUACUGCUAGCACAAUAUCUAAACCACUAGCGAUUCGAGAAAACGCGCAGUUCUCCGACAUUCCUCCUCGGUCUAUCCAGUCUUUCCGUUCCCCUUCAUCAGGCACCUUGCCCCAAGCACCUAUCAAGGGUAGAGAUGAAGGAAAUAUUCGGUCCGAAAUAUUGAUCAUGCGUCAACGAAUAGCAGAAUUGGAGAAGAGACGUGAUGCCAAACGUGCAGCCCAAGCUCAAUCCACAACACCGGUUCGGUCUGAUCAGCAUCCAAUAAUGAAUCUUCCACCAGAACAAAAAGUACAAACCCCCCAGCAACUUCAAAGGUUCAACCCAGCCGAUAACUCACCGGCCAAUACUUCUUACUCUCCUGCAUUAAACCGUACAGUACCAGAAAAUAUACCUAGUUCCCCCAUUGCAACGCCCUUGAACAGCCCAUCGGCCCGGUCAUGGCCGUCUUUAGAGCCCAAAAAGGCCGCCGAGCUUCGACAAAAAUUCCUUCGUAAAAAAGAGAUAGAAUCUGGCCUCCCUGUUCUUGAUGCAGAAUUGUCAAAAUCUGAAGCCAAGUUAGCACAUUUUCGAGAAGAAGAAAAAAAAUUGCUUGCUGAAAUCGCCAAGGGCAAGGCAGGCAAACGCCGGUUGGUUGAAGAAUUGGAGGAACUAGGAGUUGAGACUGAUGGUUUAACCCUCGAAGAGCUCCAGCUAACAAGAGAACGCCUGGAGGCCGGGCUGGAGGAACAUGAAGUAAUACCAGGGCAAACUCAAGGUGAUCCCACGAUCCCUAGCUUCACUAAUGUUCCGCAACAUCCUGUUAGUGGAAGCAUUCCUGAUUCGACUCUUGAAUACCCUCUGGAUCAACUAGUCGAACGUCCUCUCUCCCCUGAUUCCUCAACAUUCGCUAAAAUCCAGGAAACAUCACAGGAAGCGAUUAACGACGCCACUGAAACCCUUGAUUGCCAAGACAUUAGCAUCACAGACAGACAGGGCAGUGUGUCGUCAUCUCGUUGUAGCUCCGCUAUGGAUGAAUCCAUGGGAAGCAGCGAGGAUGAAGAGAAAGAAGAGGAAGCAAUGACUCAAGAUGAUUUUGUACCUUGUGCUGGAACCCCAACAAGUGGUACUUCAGUAUCAAUUGAUCAAGCCACAGACAGUUCUCAAGAGCAGCCAGUGACAGAGAAUCCAUCAGUGAUACAUAGUGAGAAUGGAGAAAGUGACCAAGCAUCAUUGUCGGAACAUACGACAAUUUCAGAUGCAUAUGAGCCACCAGAGCCCAUGGCGACGAUAAAAUCGUCCUCAUCCGCUACGUCUACUAACUCAUUGAUAUUGCCUGCUAAUGCCAAUCCACCCACUCUGCCACUAGUUGAAAAUGUCAAGACACUAACCCUAGCCGACAAAAAUGUUCAACCAGGAGAGAAUUGCAAAGAGAACGAUACCAAAGAACCCAAUAUUUAUUUCACACCCUACAUCAGCCCCCUACGCUUGUUUAAAGCCUAUCGAUACCACCCUAAUUUCGUCAAGGAUAUCUCGCAGGGUUUCCGGUCCCUAACGUAUAGUCACAACAUCGAUCCUAACAGAAGCUUAUGUACCUUUGAGGCUGCAGGUGGUGUUUGUAACGACCAAUCAUGUUCCAGCCAGCAUUUCCGGGAUAUGACAUUGAGCGGUGCGUUGAAGGAGCUGAUGUUUGAAGAUUUGUUUUUACCCCUGAUGUUGCUGAAUGUUUCAAUUUUCGGUUCCUCUGCGCCAUAUCUAAACUGUGAAUCCAUAUUAACCCUCGCAGAUGAUAAAAUCUUGGUCGAGAUGGGCUCCUUGAGAGAAGGAAAGACACAGGCAGAACGGGAUGCCUACGUUACCGGACUAAAGCAGACCAUAAACGAUAUGAGACGCGACAAAGUGAAAGAUUUUAAUACUGUGGCGACGGAAAUCGCAGCGUAUCGUAGGCGAUUCCUGCAAGAUCCCUCCCGGAUUUUACCGCUGUAA